AUGUUCUCGAACCUCCCGAUCGGCCAACUGGCGCCGAAAAAAAAGAUUGAUCCAAAGGACAUCCCCCCUCCUACACCAGUUGUCCUCCCGCGCUAUCAGCCAAUUGCCCAGGAUGAUGCCUCUGUUGAUGUCGCUGAUGCCCUACCUACUCUGCUAAGGAGCAUCGGUCGCUCCAUGCCAUCUUUUCUAGGACCCAAAGGACUCUCCGCCCUAGGGGUAAACCUCGAACUAGAUGUGUCACACGAGGAAUUGGUACCAGAUCCAUCAUUUAUUCCCAAUUUCAAAAGCUGGGAACAACUCAGCCCGGACGAGGCUCAGGACCUGAACCAGUCGACGAGGAUCCCAAUUCGGAAUGGCAACCUUUCCCCGGGAUGCCAGACGUACUUGGAGCGAAAGAAGGAGUUGUCCAACACCAACGAGGACGGGUUUCGCACCGUCCGUAGACUCCCCCCUCCCAAGGGUAAGCAGCAUGCCCGUCUUGGUAAUGCUUAUGAGUUCUUUCGCUGCCUGGAGAACUUUACAACCUACUGGGACGAUCCUACCCAACCAGCGGACCUGCCGCCCUCUCCCGAGAUCACACCUUCUGAAACAAAGGCGGAGGAUGAUGAUGCCUCGAAAAAGGCCGAUGGAGGGGGCAAAGAGGUCAAGGUGAUCCGCACCUCCGAUGGUUCGGCUAUGCCGGUUGAGUUUCGCCAGCAGCUCUUGUCAGCCUUCAUCAAGCUUGUUGCUUACGAUUUUGGCUGCAAUGUUUCUCUGGCCCGCCUGGAGCCUCGCCUGCAUCUCAGUUCCUCAAAGGGCUCACCGUCCUCGGCGCCGCGCAAGACAUACUGUGCUUCCUCCUGCAGCUUCAUAUACCAGAGCCCUACCACCCGUGAGACAGCCCGGGCCGGCAUCCUCUAUGGGCCGUUGGGCGCGGUGAGUUCGCGAGCCACCAUCAAGUUUGCCGACGCCGAUUCCGUCACUGUGCAGUCUCUUGACCUUGCUAGGGAGGUGGUCGCCGCGCUCAUCGCAGCACAGCACCGGGCCCGGGAGAACAAGACCGAGGUACGCUUCGGAGAGGGUGAAUGGUGGACAACAAAGCCGCGUUGGGGUGGAGGGUCUGGCGGACCAAUUGGUCGAGAAGUUGACCGAGAUGCCAUCGUGGGUGAGAAGGAUGCGAAGCCGUCCGAUAGCGAGGGCAUGCCCAUUCCGAAGAAGCCACGGAAGAACAUGUCUGUAUAUGAUAGCUACCGAAUGGUCCGCCCACCUUCGUCGACCUGGGACAAAAAGAUGCGGUACGAGGCAAUUGGGAAAGCCAAAGGUUCUACUUAUGACGAUGUCUUCGUCGUCAGCUGCCUGUUUCACCACAUCUCAAUUCUACGUGUUAGGGUCCCCAACCGUCUCUUGGAGGUUUUAGAAGGCUCGCCCGAGCCGGACCUGUCGAAGAGAAGCUGGGGUAAGGUUCAGGCAUGGAGGAGUAAAUGGUAUGACCUUUUCGAUACAGACCAGCGAGUUGCGGCUAUGCAACUGCUCUGGGGCGUUCUUGCAUACCAGAUGCGGAACAAUGCCGGCGAUGCCGAUAUCGCCAUGUCUGGCGUAUGA